UUUCAAAAUUCCAUAAUUUUCUCAAAUAAAAAUGGGGGAUUUUAUCACGUACUGGUCAGAAAUCUUUGUCCUCAUUGUUUCUCUUCAGGAUUUUGAGUAUUUACGGUAUUUACUAACUAAAGGAAGCAGCUUGAAAGAAUAACAUAUACAGCUCUCACUCCUGUCUUUGGCCUGGACACAUGCAGUAACAAACCAAUUACCUAGAAAGGAAACCCCCACCAAGGUAAUCCUGGAGCUACCGUAAUCACCAGCCUCAGAAACAAAGUAAACCUUUGGGAUUCCACAGGUCUAUUAAAAGAAACUCUAGAGGUGAGACUUUAAACCAAAGUCUGGUUACGUCCGUGCAAAGAGAAAAUCCUGUGGGUAUCAGAGUAUGGACUGACGCAGUACAAGUGGGGCCAGCCAUGGGGCAGGCACAUCAGACAGAGAACAAUGAAGAAAUUGAUGUGAAAGCUCUUCAGGAUAUGUAUAAAAGAUUUGCCACGGAGUGCCCGAGUGGACAACUUUUCCUACACGAGUUCAAGCGUUUCUUUGGUGUGGAGCCAACGGGCGAGGCCUCUGACUAUGCAGAAAAUAUGUUUCGUGCUUUUGACACUAAUGGAGACAAUACUAUAGAUUUCCUGGAGUUUGUGGCAGCACUGAAUCUGGUUUUUAGGGGCGACCUGGAACAUAAAUUACGCUGGUCAUUCAAGGUAUACGAUAAAGAUGGUAAUGGCUACGUGGACCGGAAUGAACUUCGCUCAAUUAUUGAUAGCAUAUAUAAAGUGAAGAAAGGAACAAAGACAGACUCCAGUGUGGUACAACAGUCCGUGGAUGAGGUUGUUGAUCGACUACUGCUGGCCGUCGACACGGAUGGAGAUGGUCAUAUCAACAUGGAAGAGUUUAUAAGAGGUGCAAAGCAGGACCCCUGGGUGCUGGAUUUGUUAAAGUUAGACAUUAACCCUGCUGGGUGGGUGCUAGAACAGAGGAGAAGAAGUGCAUACUUCUGAAAUAUGAACCACAUGUGCAUAAAGACAGAAGAUUUAAGGCCUUAAAUUACAUUUAUUAAAUAUGUAAAAAUCUAAAUUCAUUAUUUUCUGCCUUUUUAUAAAAGUAUUUUUGAUUCUUACUGCUACCUCAUAGCACACUUGACUGUCUUUUUUAAAAAACCCGCUAAUGUUGAUAAAUAUUCUUGAAUUACCUGACCUGAAUAAGUACAUGCAUUUAUUUAGAGCUGUGUUAUUAUUUGUGUGUCUGUGUGUACCUAUUGCAAUUGAUAUUGUCCAUGGUACUGCAUAUUCACUGUGCUAAUUUAUGACAUUGUAAAGUAGCAUAAAGAUUAUGUUUUGAACACGCAAACAAAUAAACAUGUUUAAAAAAAUAAAAUUCAAAUAAUUGUGUAGCUUAUCAAUAAACCCUUGUAAAGAAAACGUAACAAACAUGUUUUACUUCCGGUAGUGAUUCAAAGAACCAAAACUGCUUCUAGUUGCAUACGCUGUACACUGUCACCCUCUGCUGGUGUUUCUGUGUCACAGCUACCUGAAUAAUCUCUGCCUGCCUCUCAUUAUUUACACUCUCUAUCCAUGCUAUUGUGGGGUUUUUUUUUCUUCAAUGAUGAAGUUCAACAUACAGCGGUAAAACAAACAAGCAAAAACUAGACUUCUUUAAAUGGUCUAUAUGCUUUUAUUUUGAAGUAACUGCAG